GGGCCGGCGCGGGGCGGGCGGGCGGACAAGAUGGCGGACGGGGACAGCGGCAGCGAGCGCGGCGGCAGCGGCAGCGGCGGGUUCGCGACCGCCCGCGGAGGAGGCGGCGGCGGCGGCGGGGCCGGGUCCGGCGGGGGGUCCGGCGGCGGCGGCGGGGCGGGCCCGGAGCAGGAGACGCAGGAGCUGGCCUCGAAGCGGCUGGACAUCCAGAACAAGCGGUUCUACCUGGACGUGAAGCAGAACGCCAAGGGCCGCUUCCUCAAGAUCGCCGAGGUGGGGGCGGGCGGCUCCAAGAGCCGCCUCACGCUCUCCAUGGCGGUGGCCGCCGAGUUCCGCGACUACCUGGGCGACUUCAUCGAGCACUACGCCCAGCUGGGGCCCUCCAGCCCCGAGCAGCUGGCCCAGGCCGCCGGCCCCCCCGGCGAGGACGGCGCCGGUCCCGGCCCCCGCCGCGCCCUCAAGAGCGAGUUCCUGGUGCGGGAGAACCGCAAGUACUACCUGGACCUGAAGGAGAACCAGCGCGGGCGCUUCCUCCGCAUCCGCCAGACCGUCAACCGCGGGCCCGGCGGGCCGGGGGGGUUCCCGGGCGGCCCCCCCGGGCUGCAGAGUGGCCAGACCAUCGCCCUGCCUGCCCAGGGGCUGAUCGAGUUCCGCGACGCCCUGGCCAAGCUGAUCGACGACUACGGGGGCGAGGAGGACGAGCUGGGCGGCCCCGGGGGCGGCGGGCCGGGCGGCGGGGGGCUCUACGGGGAGCUCCCUGAGGGCACCUCCAUCACCGUGGACUCCAAGCGCUUCUUCUUCGACGUGGGCUGCAACAAGUACGGCGUCUUCCUGCGGGUGAGCGAGGUAAAGCCGUCCUACCGCAACGCCAUCACCGUCCCCUACAAGGCCUGGGCCAAGUUCGGCGGCGCCUUCUGCCGCUACGCCGAGGAGAUGCGCGACAUCCAGGAACGUCAGCGGGACAAGCUCUACGACCGACGUGCCGGACCGCCCGGUCCCGGCAGCGGCAGCGGCGCCGGCGACGACUCCGACGGCGACGACGUGGACGACGACUGAGCCUCCCCCGACCCGAAUCCCGCCGCCGGCCCCCCGACCCCCCCCGACCCCCCCCCCGGCCCCCUCUCUCCCCCCCCACCUUGCGACGGGGCGAAGGGGUCCCCGAGUCCCCGUCGUUCCCCCCCUGCCCCUGCUGCCGGAGAGAGAGAGAAACCGGCCCAACCGCGACGCUGCCGGCGUCCAUCCCUCCCUCCUCCGCACUCGCGCCCCCCCCUCCCGCCAGCACCGUCCCCCCGCUGUGGGGGACAUGCAGCCCCGAGGACUCCCCGUUUUUUGGGGGGGGCCGCACGGAUUCUCUCUCCUCUCCCAAAGCCCGGCCCGUGCCAACACGGUGCCCACCACCACCACCGUUGAAACCAGCAUCCCGGCGCCCACGCCGCACACGGAGGUGUCGCCACCGCGGCUCACCGGGUCGGCCGCCACGCGCCGAAACCUUCGCCAGCAGAAGAGGAGCUGGGCGGGGGGGGGGGGGGGAAGCGACAGAGCCGGCGAGCGGGAGCUGUUGGGAGCCAGAGCCGGGGGAGGGGGGGGGGAGCGUUCUGGACCAACGUCCGUUCUCUCUUCUUUUAUUUUCCCUUUAUUUUCCCUUUUUAAAUUUUUUUUCCCGCUUUUCCAAAUUGUUUUUUUGGGAUGCAAACUGCUAAACUCCGGGCGCCCAAACUGGAACCCACACCCGAGCCGGCACAAAGCUGGCAGGUUCCUACAAAUUCAGGCAGACUUUCUCCAUUUUGAUGAUUUACGACUGUUUUUCCCCCCUUUUGCCCCCGAAGCCGGGGGGUCGCAGGGAGAGGCAGGUUCACGCGGGCACGAAGCACAAGGAAAACUCGACGGGGCGCAAGAUCUUCCCCUUCUCUCCAAAUAAGGCGGCCUCCAGCGAGCGCCGGCUCAUACCGGGAAGGCCCAGCCAGGUUUCCUUCCCAUUUACCGUUUUGCCGGCACAACCGGCACCGAAGGCGGCACGGCCGGGACCCUCGGGCGCCAAAAUCCGCCCUUUAGCCUCUUUUGUUUGUUUGUUUGGGGGGGGUUUUGUUUUUUUUUUUCUUUAGCAAAACCAACCCGCCGCCUUUCCUCAGUACCUCACACCGGCGCCGGCGGGUCAGUAGCACCGGCGGGACUGCGCGCCUCGCAGCCGGGGCCUUGGCUGUUGGGUUUUUUUGGGAUUUGGGGGGCGGGGGUGUGUGUUCCUUUUUUCUUUUUUUUUUUUUUUCUUUUUUUUUUAACCACCUGGCCACACUGGCUCUGCCGCGCUGGAGCCAGCGGGGUCGCUCCAGCCAUCACCUCUUGUAUUAAAUGGAUUUUUCCACUCUCAAAUGGUAUUUUUGGGGUUUUGGUAUUUUUUUUUUUUUUGCUAAAUCGGGUCAAUCCUGCCCUUUCCAGAAAGGUUUUGGUUUUUUUUUUUUAACCACCUUAUCCCGGAACUCUGAACUGACCGGAGUUCAUCGCUCUCCAUUCCAAAGUUUCAGGUCUUUUUUUUUUUUUUUUUCUGUCCAACGGCUUCUCCAGUUUUAGGACUUUUUUUUUUUCCUUUAAAUUAAUUUUUUUCUGCUAUAUUUUUUGGGAGCCUGCGCACGCCCGCCCUCCGAUCUCAGCUGCCUCCUUAAUUUAUUGUUGCGGAUCCCGGCGUCUCUCCGCUCGCUCCGUAUUUACUGGGAAGCGAGGAAUGGCCGGCAGCGACUCAUCUUCGCUCGGCGAGGGGACGCCGACUCCGUCCCCCCAAAACCCAGCAGAGCCCCGGGGGACGUCGUCUGUCCAUCCGUCUGUCCGUCCUCCGAACCCUUUGUCGCCUCCGUAGCUCUUUUUAAAGGGAUUUUUAACGUGAAUUUCUUCCGUUUAUCCCGUUUUUAAUUCUUCUCCGUCGCAAAGGACUGGGUUUCCUCACUCACACGGGAGCAAUAGUCUUUUAUCUCGAUGUCCGAACCGCGUCCGUACUGUAUUUUGUACCCUAAGGCAGCUCUUUCCAGUGACGUCCUGCUGUAUCCACCCAUCGUUCUGGUUUCGCGUUGGCGCGCCUUCCCUUCUUUGCCGCGGAGAAAAACCGACGAAACGCCGCGGAGAAAAACCGAUGAAACGCCGCGGAUGGCUCCGGAUCGGGCCGGGGUGGGGGGGGGAGGCAAGACGGCGGCCACCGCUCGGCCCCGCGUCUCGGCGGCGAUGGACUUGCCGGUGUUCGGCUGCCGGGAGCCAGUUGCGAAGACGCAGGCGGUACCUCUCCUUUUAUUUUUGAAGAGGAUCGUAUAUAUAUAUAUAUAUAUAUAUAUAUAAAAACAAAAUAUAUAUAUAUUCUUUUUUUUUUUUGGCUGAAUUGCAGUAAUUUAGCCUUACCUUUCUACUCUGGGGUAGCGGCGCGGUCGCCGCUGGCCCGGCUCACCUCUCGGUAGCCGCCUAGGAAAUACGUGGAAGAGGGAAAAAAAGGCAAAUAAGGCCAAAAAAAAAAAACAACCCAAACGAACAACCCACCAUUAAAACCAGGACCUGCUGCGGCAGACGGCGUUUGCUUUGGCAACUAGAAGCCUUUCUCCCGCCGGAGAAGCAAUGUGUCCGUACGGAAACCUUCCAUGGCUCCGUUUCACUUUCCAGCAAACGGGCGAGAAGAGCAGAGCGUGUCGGAGGAAGAAAUCUCGCAGCAAAAACACAAAACCAUCUGAAAAAGAAGAUAAAAAUCGGGGAAAAAAAUGGGGGUUUUAGCUGCCGGCAGCCGGCGAGAGCGAUACGGAGAGGCAGGCAGGCAGCCGAGCGAGGGCUUGGGUGGUUUCUGCCAGGGAGGAGAUGGGGUUUUUUUGGUGAGUUUUGGGGGGUUUGGUUCAGCCCGCUGGGGCUGCUGAGAGGGGGGAGCCGGCGGGGAGCCCCCCCUUCGCGCUGCAGAGCAUCUCCCGAGGAAAGCGGGAUGAUGGUGACGCCGAAACCGGGCUCCUGCCUGCGCCGGCAGCUCUCCGCAGAACCCGGACCUUGUCAUCGCCGAAAACGCCUGUCCGCAGCCGGGGCGCGGGGAAUUCGGCGUUGAGGCAGCGGGUUUGGUUGUUCCCUUAUAUAUAUAUGUAUAUACACAUGUGUGUGUGUAUAUAUGAGAUUUGGUUGGGGUUUUUUUUGGGUUUUUUUUUGGUUUGGAUUCUGUAGAAAACAGGCAAAUUGCUUUUUUUUUUUAAAACCAGAAGGGGGGGAAAAAAAUAUCCCAAAUUCUUGGAGCUUCCAGAUUUCUGUUGCCCCAGAAGGGACGGUUUGAGAGCGCGACUAUUGCUGUACAAAAAAAAAAAAAAAAAACCCAAACUUGUAAAUCUUGUAUAGCGCCCUAAAAUCAAUGUAAAUACCCAAAACGUCUGGGCCGAGAGCCGGGAGCCGUCGGCGGCUCCGUUAAAAGUUAAAACCGCUUCAAUUUUUUUCCCCCCCAAGAGAAGAAUAUGGAAGAAAAUUGGAAUUAUCCUGCCUUGUUUCCAGCUGUUUUGGUGUCACGGGCACGAGAAUCCCCUCAUGGUCCCUCACUGUUGGCAGAGGACGACUUGGGGGGGGAGGUGACCGGUUCCCGGGGCUGCCGUGCCGGGGAGAGCGGCGGUUUCUCUUGGUGGUGAAAAAAAACCAACCAACCAACCACCAAACCAAACCCUCGCCGGCUUCUCUUUUAAGAAAGAAAAAAGUUGAAAAAAAAGAAAAAAAGAAAAAAAGUAGAAAAAAAAGAAAAACGUGAGCGAGCGAUGACGGUACUUGAGCUGAUGCACAAGGACUCUCUCAGCAGAUAUUUGCUGCCACGCUCGCCGGGAGAGGGUUCCCGGUGGGAAAUCUGAACCGUGGCGGCGGCUCGCCGGAGCCUCUGCGGAUGCUCGGAGAGAUGUUCCUGGUAGGGCGAGGCUCGGCCGCAGGCGUCGUCGCCCUCCUCUUCCUCACGGAGCCGGUCGAGCCAGCGGCGCCUGUACCAAGCGGAGCUGGUGUUUGGUGCGUCGGCGUGAGAUCCAGGUGCCGGAACAGAUCUGAGAUCAAGCUGAGCUGGCCGGUGAAGAGCACGGCACCAGCAUUGGUGGCUUCUCACCGCGGUGGUGGCGACCUGCGGUCGUAGGCGUUUGGGGUUUGUCGGUGGUGUCGAGGCCUCGAAACCACAGCGUCACCGGCGGGCAGGGGGCCUCGGAGCAGCGCCGACGCAACGGCCGAGAGCAGGUCCGGCACAGGCAGCUCACCCGUCCCCGGCACCUGGUGGAAACGUGCCGGCCGGUUGGUAAACAUCGGCGCAGGAGAAAGCCGGAUCCUCCACCGAGAGCUGCCGGGGCCGGGACCAGCUUCGGCCAGUAUCUGCUGAGAGACCAAAACGUUCACCCCGAAGUACCUUGACGAAAGAAGAAAGUUUUAUUCCUCUUAUUUUUUUAAUGAAAGAAAAACAAAAAAUAAAGCAAACCAUGCACUUUAGGCGGCCCAGCGCAGGGCUGCCGGCGCCCUGGGGGGGGGAUCCUGUCCCCCCCUCUCCCUUCCUCUGUGGCCGGCGGGGCGGCUUCGGGAGACGCCGGGGAGCGGCCGGCGGUUGCCGAAGGCAGGUCCUGGAUUUUACCACUAGCAAAGACGACGCCCGACGUGACGAACUCCUCAUGCUAGCGAGCACUCCUUACCGUAGCAGAUUUUUGCAAAUGGAGUUUUACAAGUCUAUAUUUAAAGAAUUGUAUGUUUGUAACAAAUAAAAAGUAUGCGGAAAAGUGAAUGAAAAAA